AUGACCUCUUCUGUCGACUCCAUCCGCGGCGACAUCGACGAAGCUGGGCCAGGCUCCCGUACUCCAACUGGCAACGCCCUCCCUCUUCGGCCGCCGUUGAUACCCGACAUCUCCACGGUUGCUGAGUUCAAGAACGGGGCUGAGCCGGAUGGGAGCCAGACGGGGAAAGGUGCAGAGCGGCCUCUCGCGGCGUGGAAGAGCAAGCGUGCCCAGGAAGAUUACCACCGGGCCAUGGAGAAUGUCAUCGACAAGGACUUCAGCCUGGGUGAAUUCGGAGACCCGUUUGACGAGCGCGACUUGGAGGAGAAGCUACUGUGA